GCCGGGGCUUGUACCUGCGCGCUGACCCGACCUGAGGCUCGUCUCCCGGCUGCAGCACCAUGGGGAUCUCCGCCUCCAGUCUGCUGGACGACCACAGGUCCACCUUCAUCACAGGCCAGGCUGAGGCUGAGCUGAAGGAGUUCAGUCCGUACUACAGGAAGCAGUUCUCCGUGGCUCGGUUGUCUCAGGUGGAAGACGAGCUGGAGCAGCAGAAGGCGUCAACGACUCAGCUGCUCAGACAGAGGGAGGCUCCUGAGGCGGGGGAGGUUCUGUACGAGGAGGAAGUCCUUUACUUUGACGACGCCAGGAAGUGGAGGGAGAGGUACGUGGUGGUGAGAGCCAACUACUGCCUGGAGUGUCACGAGAGCCUGGAGACUUUUGUCAAAGGAGUUGCUCCGCGACAGAAGCUGCUGCCCACAGGGGGCACUGUUCUGACCACAGAGGAGAGGUACAUGUCCAUGGUGGACAAGUGUUUUCCUGACAAGACCAGCGUGAAGGAGGACUUUGCUCCGCCCCUGUCGGGGAUGCCGGGUCAGUUCCCAGUUUACCUGCGUCUGCCGUACAGGAGAGACUCGUACUUCUGCUUCAGGCAGCAGGCGAAGCAGGAAGCCUUCCUGUCCAUCCUGUCCGACUGCAUCAGACACCAGAACCAAGACUUCCUGAAGAAGAAGACGUGUGAGGUCCAGGCCUUCCUCAAAGCCAUGCAGCUCUACAGACAGGACAAGGGGCGGUACGAGGGGUGGGACAUGCUGAUAGGAAGUGAUGUCAGGGUGAUGUCGAAUGUGGUGAUGGAGCAGCUGCUCCCGUCCCUGGAGAAAGACUUGCUGCCUGGUCUCAAAGCCAAGAAGACGGAGAAGAAGAGAGUUUGGUUCGCUACGGUGGAGGCGGCCUACGUCCUGGUCCAGGAGCAUCUUCUGAAGGGACUGUCGGUGCUGAAGGAGGAAUGUCGGACGUCGGUGCGGCAGCAGGAAGUUCUGAUCCACUCCGACAUGGACCAGAUCCUCAGCUCCAGGCGUCAGCUGGGGGAGAAAGUCCAAGCCAAAGUGUCGGAGGCGGCGGAGAAGCUGUGCUCGGAGUCGGUCCAGCCGUACCUGGGCUCCGUCCUGGAGGAGCUGAUGGAGCCAAUCAGCUCGGGGUUCCAGGAGGGACGGCAGCUGAGCGAGAACAUGAUGGACAGGUGUCAGGACGUCCUGCUGGGAGAAGACAAAGAGGAACUGAAGAGGGUUCUCUUCGUCAUGUCGAGACCCAACCUGCUGAGCUGCUACCAGAAGAUCAGCUCCCUGCAGGAGAAGCUGAAGCACCUGCAGGACCGCUUCUCCUUCUCCAACAUCCCAGGAGUGAUCCACAGCGCCCAGAUCGACCUGCAGCUGCUGAUGGAGAACGCAGCCUACACGUUCGAGCAGCUGCUGCACAAGGCCGUGCAGGACCACCCCGACAACCCGGUCCACGCCGGCUCCGCCCUGGAGAAGUCCAAACACCGAGUGCUGAAGCAAUACGACUACGACAGCAGCACAGUGAGGAAGAGGAUCUUCCAGGAGACGCUCGUCUCCAUCACGCUGCCCUUCCUCAAGAAGAGCCUGGCCCCCACCUGCAGGACUGAGCUUCAGGACCUGGAACAGCUCAUCGACCCCGACCACUCCAGCUUCAUCCACGUGGAGAACGUUUAUGAGAGCAUCCUCCUCCAGACGCUGGACCAGGAGGUCACCAAAGUGGUGAAGGAGGCGGCGAGCCUGAAGAAGUACAACCUGUUCACGGAGAGCCGGGACCUGGUCAGCCGCUCCAGCCGCUCCAGCCUCUCCUCCCCGGCCGUCUCCACGCCCGGCAGCCCCGCCAUGUCGCUGGCCUCCCCCGCCCGAAGCAGCUCUGAGCCGCCGCCGCCCUCUCCUCUAGCGUUCAACGGGCUGUCCUCCAUCCCCCAGAGGGACGGGAAGGAGGAGGCAGAGACAGACGCGCCGCAGAGCGCGGCCUUGACGGACGUGACGCUGACCGAGACGCCUCUGGACCGAGUCGCUCAGAGUGAGAAGGAGACACCUGCACCCAGAGCAGAGGAGGUCCAGACUGUGAAGGCAGCAGCAGACGUCCCCGUCCAACCUGAGACGACAGCUUUAAAAGACACAAGCGCUCAGAAUGAGACACAAGACGUCCGAGUGGCAGCGGCUCCAGAGACUGUGAUCCCAGAGGAAGUGAUUUCUGUCCAGACUCAGAAAGUGGAGACGGCUGCUGAGCCGAGGAGCACAGAUGUUCCAGAAGAAGCAGGAGCAGCUGCAGAACGUUCAAAGACAGAUGUUGAAGAAGAAGCUGCACAAACAGAAGCUGCUGAAGCAGAACCUGCCUCAGAGGGAAGUGAGGCCGACGCACUGAGCCCGAGCUCACCGGCCCCGUUAGAGGCGCCCCCUGGUGGGGGGGCAGCUGCAGACCCACCUGGAGACGUCAUCCUGGCCAUGUUGAGAAAUGAGGCAAAACCAGUCACUUUCUCAGAAACCAACUCUCUGCACGUGUCAGUCGGCAGCGAGUCCCCGCCCUCAGAGGUGGAGUCCACAGAGGACGUCAAAGCAGAGCAGAGCAGCGGGGACGAGGGCUCAACCACCUCCGAUGUCCCGGAGGACGACCACAGUCCCUCACCUGUGAGCUCCGAGGACGCCCCCGAGGCCACGAGCACCGAGACCCAGACAGAGGCAACUGGUGCUCCGCCCUCGGAGCCUGUCCCAGAGGGGGCCCCUGUCCUAGAGACGGUCCCUGUUCCAGAGGAGACCCCUGUCCCAGAGACGGUCCCUGUCCCAGAAGAGACUCCUGUCGUAGAGAUGGUCCCUGUCGUAGAGAUGGUCCCUGUCCCAGAGAUGGUCCCUGUCCCAGAGAUGGUCCCUGUCCCAGAGGGGGCCCCUGUCCCAGAGACGGUCCCUCUGGAAGAGAUGGUCCCUGUUGCAGAGACGGCUCCUGUCGCAGAGAAGGUCCUUGUCCCAGAGGAGGCUCCAUCCAGCCCCGGAGCUCGAGCGCUGGACUGCAUCAAGGACAUCCGGGACCUGGUGGUGGAGGUGAUCGACGUGGAGGAGCUGGUGCAGCUUUACCCCAGCGGGAUUCCAAAAGAAGAAUAAAAGACCUGGACCCGUCAGGUCUACCUACCGUCAGGUCGACCGUGACUCUUCAGACAGACCUGAACAUCUGCUCCACAUCCAGGAACCGUCCACAAAUGCAUGAAAUUGAGUUAUUAUUUUAGCACAAAACUGUUUUUAGAAAACUUUAGAUUUAGACAUUUUUAUGACAGAAGAUGUGAAUUAAAUUCUGAGUUUAUUUUAAAGGAACGUUCAGGUUCUUCUUUCUGAGAAUCUCCUGAGUUCUCACAGACGAGGAACCAGGCUGACCUGCCUGACUCCGUCUUCCUCACCCGACUGAGCAGAUCAGUUCAGAGACAGAUUAGUGUCACACUUUGAUUUGUUACUUGUUUAAAAAUAUAAUGAUUUUAAUAUAUUUGACCUUGUGAUCUAAAUCCAGCUGCUCAUUGAUCUUCGUUGUGAUUUUUUUUCUUGAGCUACUGAAGGAUUUUAUUUUCUGAUCUAAAAGAAUCAAGGUCUCAAAGUGCCUCCGUGUCCAUGAUGUCCUCACGUGCCUUAACCGUCAUGAAGAAGAAAGGAGGCGUGUCCCGGGCCUGUCCCCGUAGAGAACGCUGAGACCACGGUGGAGGUUCAGGGACGACUUGACCUUCAACUGUUCACACGAAUGUUUAAUCUGUAGCAAAGUCUGUAGGUGUCAACUCUGGUUUGGAUUUUGAAGCAGCAGAAAUAAUAAAAGGUUUAAUUUGCCAAUAAAACAAAAAUAAUGUGAA